AUGCAUCCGGAAAUUGUGGAAAUGGAAAAGGACGCAUUUGUUGUACGGUUGGAUGACAUUCGCGAUCGACUGCAGCGCUCUCAUAUCAUCAGUCUAUCGACAAUGAUAGAUAUCUUGGACGGCCAGCAACCUGAGGCAGUGCCUAUAUAUCGCAUGAGAGCCUAUAUCUACGAAGCUCUCACUGUUGCGGAAGCGGGCCUAAACGGUGCUACACGAAGACCAUUGCAGUCCUUUCGCGCAAUGCAAUUGCACGAAAGUUCCCGCUGCCAGAAGAAGCACAUUCACGGCAUAAUCCGUGGGAAAGGCUCCUACCAGAGCCAGAACACAUACCAUUUCAUCGCGAGCAACUGGAUACUCCAAGUUCAUCGGAAACUGAAAGCGAUGAGAUUGAAGAGGAUGGGGAGGCAGGUGUGUGGUCAGACGAAAGCGACUAAUUCAUACAGGAUUUGGAAGCAUGGAAGCCAUGCUCUCCAGGAGAUUCUCCGAUGCCGAGCAGUGUUUCUGCACGGAAUUGCAAAACGCGCCAAAAUCCAUUUUUCGACCCGGUCGUUCCAUUGUUCCGUCCCUGCCGCCAGCUGUCACCAAGGCAUGGAGGAAAACGGGUACGAAGCCGCACCGGUUCAAAUUGCGCUCAUACGAAUAUACGAGCUGUUAAGGUUGUUCCAAUGGCUGAUCAUUGACAGAAUCGUACGUGGUGACUUUUCAUUCUACGCUGCAUCUGGAAGAGCACUUUCAUACUUCCUUUAUGCGUCCUGGAAGUUGUCCGAAACACUGGAGGAAUGGUUCUCUUGCGAAAUUCUACAUCGUAUUAUCAUCCAGCAAAGCUAA